UGUGACUUCAAUCGGAUGCUCCUCUCUUUUAUACAGAAAUUUGUGUCAGCAGAGUUGUCAUUCACCCUUGAUGAGAUUACACCAGAAAUUCAAGAAAAGAAGGAAUCCGAUCUCUUCUUGAAGGAGUAUGAUCGCUACACAUUAGCCAAGAGUUACUUCGACCUGAAAGAAUAUGACAGAGGGGCGUACUUUCUCACCGACUGCAAAAGCAGCAAGGGCUAUUUCCUUCACAUGUAUUCACGGUAUAUGUCGGGCGAGAAGAAAAAGGCUGAUGAUCAGGGUGAUUCGAUAGGACCUGUAGAGAAAAUUGAAAAUGAGCACCUGAGAGUUUUACGGGCAGAAUUGUACAAAGAACUAAAAGAGACUGGACUUGAUGGAUUCUGUUUCUAUCUGUAUGGCGUAGUACUGAAAAAGUUAGAUCUACAUCGAGAAGCUUUGGAUGCACUUCUGGAGGCUGUGCGCAAGGAGCCACUUCACUGGGGGGCCUGGCUAGAGUUGGCUUUGCUAAUCACUGAUAAAGAAAUGCUCUCAAGUUUAAACUUGCCAAACCACUGGAUGAAGCAGUUCUUCCUGGGCCAUAUUUACCUGGAGUUACAGCUGAACGAAGAGGCCUUUAAAGUUUAUCAAGACCUGACCGAAUGUGGUUUUGCAAAGAGUACUUAUAUCAAGUCACAGAUUGCUGUUUAUUAUCAUAACGUCAGAGAUGUAGACCAGGCAGUGGAAGCAUUUACACAACUCCAACCAACUGACCCCUGCCGUCUUGAACACAUGGACACCUUCUCCAAUCUACUCUACGUCAAAGAAAUGAGACUCGAAUUGGCCCAUCUAGCAUUACAUUGCUGUGAGGUGGAUAAAUACAGAGUGGAGACAUGCUGUGUUAUUGGUAAUUAUUACAGUCUGCGAUCACAACAUGACAAAGCGGUACUAUACUUCCAGAGGGCACUCAAACUGAACGCACACUAUCUCUCCGCGUGGACGCUGAUGGGCCACGAGUAUAUGGAGAUGAAGAAUUCAUCGGCUGCAAUACAGGCCUACCGACAAGCCAUCGAGGUGAACAAGCGAGAUUACCGGGCUUGGUAUGGUUUGGGACAAACGUAUGAAAUCCUCAAAAUGCCCUACUAUUGUUUGUACUACUAUCGGCAAGCACAGCAGCUUCGGCCAAAUGACUCGAGAAUGACAGUGGCUUUAGGUGCAACUUAUGAGAAACUCGACCGUCUUCAAGAAGCCAAAAAAUGCUUCUGGAAGGCGCAUUCGAUCGGCGAUGUGGAAGGAACGGCGUUGAUCCGGCUGGCGCGGCUGUACGAUAAACUAAACGAGGAGGAACAAGCAGCGGUGGCCUACACGGAAUACAUCAACGAGGCGCAGCGACAAGGGACGUUCAACGCGGAAGAACUAGCCCAGGCGUACAAAUAUCUGGCCAAUUUCCACCUGAAACAUGAACGCCUGAAUGAAGCAUAUGCUGCUGCUACCAAGUGUACAGAAUUCAACGAGAUGAGAGAGGAAGGAAAGGCGUUACUGCGACAGAUAGCUAGUCUACGAUCACUCGGUGAGGCUGGUCUACCGAUGGAGGAAGAUGUUGGCUCUAUUACUCGGGAGCGCCCACACACGCUGUUGGACACACCAAGUGCUAGUAGACUUUCUCCUAUGAAUCUGACAUUUGACUAAAUUGGACUUCUGGGCGGAAUUUGUCAAGUACACCACCCUCUUUCUCCAAUUAAUCUGACAUUUGACUAUAACCUGUAAAACGACCAGUAUGUAUUCAUCUAUGAAAUUAUGUUAAAGUUACUCUAUCCAAAGUUUGUGGUUAUAUUUAAUGAUACAAAGAUACAAAUCAGACCUGUUUUGACUCUUAUAUUGUGCUGUAAGUUUGACAACAAAGAUGAACUUGGUUCAUGAAAUCAAGUUUCAAU